CAUCAAUUAAGUUGCUUCGUUAAUUUAGGUACCUAAUGUUAUUUAAAUAUUUAAUGGUUUUAGAUUUGAUUUUCACUCACAACUGUGAAAAUUAUCCUUAAACAUGGCUAUGGAUAUCAGAAGUUUAGUUUUAGAUUCCAAUAAAGAUAUUUAUUCGGCCAUAGAAGAGAUUAUAAAAAAACCCAGUCAAGAUGAGCCGUUUUAUAUUUGUGACGUUAGUAAUCUUAUUUGGAAGGUUCAUAAUUGGAGGAAGCUUAUGCCUCGCGUAGAAAUUUUUUUUGCAACUAAAUGCAAUAACAGCAGCAUAGUAGUAGAAACAUUUGCAGCAUUAGGAUUGGGAUUCGAUUGCGCAUCUAAAGAAGAAAUACAAAAAAUACUGUCUUUAGGAGUACCUCCUGAGAGAAUAGUAUUUUCAAAUCCCACCAAACUAUUUAGUCAUCUUACGUAUGCGGCUGAAGUAGGCGUAAAUGUAAUGACUUUUGAUAAUGAAGCGGAACUUUAUAAAAUACAGAAAUAUCAUUCUAAAGCUCAGUUACUUUUGCGACUAAGAUGUGAUGAUGAAUCGGCCAGAUAUCAGCUGGGUGAAAAGUUUGGUGCUUGUCCGGUCACGGAAGCCAGUGGCCUUCUGAAAGUAGCCAAAUCAAUUGGACUGAACGUUAUUGGUAUACAUUUUCACGUAGGAUGUGGCUGUGUAAAUUAUAUGGCAUAUUAUAUUGCAAUAGCAACUGCUAAAAAAGUAUUUGAUACUGGAGCUAGUUUGGGUUAUACUUUUAAACUGCUUGAUAUUGGAGGUGGAUAUCCAGGGGAAGGGUUUAGACCCCUAGAUAAGAUAGCCGAAUUUAUAAACAAAGCUUUGGAAGAACAUUUUCCAGAUAAUUCUGUUAAAAUAAUUGCAGAACCUGGAAAAUAUUGUUGUAAUACAGCCUUCAAAUUAGUAUCUAGAAUACACUCCAAGAAGGUUGUAACAGAUCAUUAUGAACAAAAAGUUCGGAUGUAUUAUAUGGAUGUUGGUGCCUACAAUGCCUUAUUCAAUAUAUUAGUUAAUGAGUACUAUAUGUAUCGACCUGUUACUAUUGAAAACUCGGCACAGCUUUUUCCAAGUAUAGUAUGGGGACCAACCUCAGAUACCAGAGAUAGACUUUCAGAAAAGGUUGAUUAUUUACCAGAACUAAACAUUGGAGAUUGGUUAAUUUUUGAGGAAGCAGGGGGUUACACUGUAUCUAUUACUUGCGAAUAUAAUGGAUUUGCUUCACCAUUAAUCUAUACAGUAAUUAAUAAAGAAGAUUGCCUACUGUUAACUGAGAAACUCCAAUCACCAUUUCCUCAAGACAAAUUUACGUCAUCUCUGGAAGCGUUUUUUACAGGACACAAAAAUCCAUAUUCUUUUAGACAGAAAUAUUUCUAAUUUUGUAGAAUUUCUCGAGUUUACUUAAAAAAAAGUAGGAAAUAUUCUUUCUAUUUUAGAGUUAUUACAUUUUUAAUUUUCAACGUUUAGGUACAGGGUGCGCAUUUUAAGAAAUACACACGUAUUGCAAGUUAUGUUAAAAAUCGCAUAUAUAAUGAUAAAAGUAAAAAUACUGUAUGUGGAA